AUGUGUGGAGUUUUUCCCAUGGAUCAAAACGAAGUGAAUGCGGCGAUGUUGAUUCUGCUCAGGAAGCGUUUGACGAGUGCCGAGCUCAGGACAACACGGGUCUCUGGAACUCUCUCAUGCACGCUAAAUAUGGUAUUAGCAAUACCAGCCAGUUUAAUAGAGAAGCUUGAUUCAGCAGCCUCUGUUGAGACAGUGGAGGCAUCUGAGAUCACCAUACGGCUGAGACACGUGGUGACACGUGGUGGAUCUGGAGAGUCACAACUCUCACCUCUAUAUGCUUACACUCUCCAGGGCCGAUCGAUCGAGGCCUUGGAGCGUUUCUAUUCCAUGAUUCAGGAGGAGGGCUGUAAAGCUGACGAUGUGAGUUUUGUCUCGGUGUUGAACGCUUGCAGCCAUGGUGGUCUGGUCGGGAAAGGAAGGCAGCUUCUGGAUGAAAUGCCCAAGCAGUAUGGAGUCAAGCCACGUCUGGAGCAUUAUGUGUGCCUGAUCGAUAUGCUCGGGCGAGCUAACCUCCUCGACGAAGCUGUGAGAGUUCUCAGAGCCAUGCCUUUUGAACCGGAUGCAGUGGUUUGUACGUCCCUGCUCGGAGCCUGCCGGAAGUGGAAGAAUUACACGAUCGGCAAACUCGCGUUUGAGCGUCUUGUGGAGAUGGAUCCCAAGAGCGGCACGCCCUACGCAUUGAUGGCCAAUAUAUUUGGAAACCUGGGGAUGCUCAGUGAAAGGGCCGCUGUUGUGGAGAGAAUGAGAGGUGAAGGCAGCUUCAGGGAGCCCGGGAGAAGCUGGUGGACGGAUGUUAGCUCAGGAAAAGUGCAUUCUUUUUCUGUCGGGGAUAGGAGUCACUCACAGAGCGACGAGAUUGCGGCCAAGCUCAAGCAAUUGUUGCUGAGAAUGAAAGAGGAGGGGUACGCGAGCGAUGUGAUCAACGUUCUAAAAGACAUACCCGAGGAAGAGAAAGAGGAUCACUUGUGCGGCCACAGUGAGAAGCUUGUGCUGGGGUGUGCUCUGGUGAACUCGCACCAGAAGGAGACCAUCAGAAUUGUGAAAAAUCUCCGAGUUUGUGACGAUUGCCAUGCAGCCACUGCUCUCAUCUCUAAGCUGGAAAAAAGGCUAAUCCUCUGCAAAGAUGCCAGUCGGGUUCAUGUGUUCCAGGAUGGCAGAUGUUCCUGUGACAACUACUUUUGA